GUUCUGUUUCCCACGACGCUUGAUCUUCGGAACUAACAAUGCAUCGUCCAUCUGCCUUCGUCAACCAAAGCAUGUUCCAUCACAACCUAAACCCCGCGGCGUAAAAUGCAGCGACGGCUCCCAUUCGACGAUGUUGCUUGGGAACAAAGUGACAACGUCUACUUCGAAUGGCGCACCAAGCUUCUCAAACCAGAAACCCUAACAGAAAUCGCCCUCUUCGUUGCAAAGUAUCACCUCGGAACUCCAGUAGUAGAACGCCUCUCACCGGUGCAUAUAACGUAGCAGUGGUUAUUGAUUUCAGCGACGACGGUUCGACAUUGAUUCGCUUUCCCAAGCCGGGCAAGGUGAUGUUUCCCGAGGAGAAGGUCCGGAAUGAAGUCGCUGUUAUGCGGUAUGUUCAUGCUCAUACUUCGAUACCGGUGCCGUUUAUUCUGCACUGGGGAACGAGAGAAGAGAGUCCUUGUGGGUUGGGGCCGUUUAUUGUUAUGGAGUAUGUUGAGCAUGCUUGUGAUGUUAGUGAUGCUUUGAAUACGCCUGGGAUUCCGUAUGAGGAGAGACCGAUUCUUGAUCCGUCUAUAGAUGGAGAAAAACUUCGGGGAUUGUAUGGGCAGGUUGCAGAUGUUCUGCUUCAGCUGUCCAAGUUAUCAUUCCUGAAGAUAGGGUCUCUGGCACAAGUCGACAAUGGGGAUACUUGGAGAGUGACAGAGAGGCCAUUGUCGUCAAAUAUGAACGAGAUUGUACAGCUCGGAACUCUACCACGCUCAAAACUACCUGAUAAAAGUGCAACAUUUAAGACCUCUUCUUCAUACCUCACUACACUGGCCAAUAUGCACCUCCGCCAUUUGACCCAUCAGCGAAACGACGCCAUCGAUAGCUCAAGCGACUGUCGCCGCAAAUAUAUUGCAAGAUACCUUUUUUGGAAGCUCUCUCUCGAGGGCAGACUAUCGCACCCCGAUCACAAUUCCGGGCCUUUCAAACUCUGGUGCGACGAUUUGCGCCCAGCUAACAUGUUAGUUAAUUCCAAUCUCGAAUUAGUCGCCGUCAUCGACUGGGAAUUCACAUACUCCGCUCCAGUAGAAUUCUCACACGCACCCCCCUGGUGGCUCCUAAUCGAACAACCAGAGUUCUGGCCGAGAGGAAUCGAUGAAUGGAUUACAGCCUACGAACCUCGGCUUCAAACAUUUUUAGCUGUUCUCCGAGAGCGUGAAGAUGCACUUAUACAGGAGGACAGGCUUGGAGAGGAGCAGAGACUCUCGCUCCCUAUGCGGGAAAGCUGGGAUAGUGGCGAUUUCUGGGUCGUGUAUGCUGCGAGGAAGGGGUUUACUUUCAAUGCGGUAUUCUGGAAGUAUUUGGAUUCGCGUUUCUUUGGGCCUGUGGCGGGGUUGGAUGGGGAUGAGUGGGAGAGGAGGGCUGGGUUGUUGGACGAAGAGGAGAUUAUGGAAAUUGACAGCUUCGUCGAACAAAAAGUGGAGGAAUUGAAAACUCGAGUCUUAGCAUGGGAACCCGAGGAGCAACUUGGAUAAGUUAAUUUGGUGUAUAUACGAUAUUAUAUCUGAAUUCUACCCCAUAUUAGAG